CAAACACACACACACACAUACAAACAAACACAUAUAUGUACAGUACAUAGCAGACCAAACCAAAACACAGUAAAACCCAUCAGGAUAGAUACAGACACAGACACCUGCACAGACACAUAUACACACACACACACACACCCCAUCACACCAUGUAUCAUCAUCUCAGAAGGACGUGAAAAACAGCCCUGACAAUCACACACAGUCACAUUCACGCACCUCUUACUGUUUAUUAAUAACUCACCAACACGGAUUUCUGACAGAUGGAAAAAGGACCCGAUCAAGAGAUGUCCUAAGAAUGACCAUGCCAGACUGUAAAAUGGUGGCCAGUACUUUUGGCCUGUGACCAAAAGUGAUUUCAUGAUUUUUCUACAAUUGUCUACUGGGACAAUAUUGGGAGCCAUUGUUCUGAGAGGCCAUUUGCAUGUAUACAAAGCAACAUGUAGCACAUGAAGGGUAUUCAUUUUUUAUGACCAUUUCUCAUUUUUAAUCAUUAUGUGCUCUUUGUGACCCAACCCCACAAGCAUCGUCUGUGUAAUGACUCACCACUACUGGUCCAGCCACAAGACACACCAUAAACUGACCAGUUUUAUUACAAGAAACCAGGAUCAACCCAAAGGCACCUCUUGGAAUACCAUGGACUAUCAUAAGGCUUUGUUGGUUUGAACACUUUGUUGUUGACGAUGUUACAACUGAUGUGUGCUGGACUCUAGAAUUCCAAACGGGCCGGUCAGGACAGGCUGCUCUGCUUUCCCAUCAUGCAACACUCCUGCACACAGUGACCAUUCCACACAUCAAGAGAGCACAAGCAUGGCAUCAUCAAACUCCUCCCCUUUUACUGCCACUUUACACACACACACACACACACACACACUUAUUGCUGUUGAACAAUGCACUCUUACUGAACACAUCCACAGUCACAGGACAUGCUGGCUGCAAAUACACACUCGAAGACACACAUUGCCGCUGCCAACACACACUCACACUGCUACCGCUAUACCUGCAAACACGAGGACAAACUUUUUGGGGUUUUAUACCACAACACACACACACAGAAAGGAAAAAAAAAAACUUUUCUCAAACUGGACUGUUUUUGUAAAUGCCUGCAGGUUGAACACCACACCACCUGGCCUCUCAGGCGGGUUGUCUUUCUCACAGGCCUGAAAGGGUUAAAAAGCUGCUUGUGGUCGGCUGUGAUGUAGCAUCAUGUUUAUAAACUCAACUCACUCGGUUCACCAUACCCAUGGGGGGUGGGGGUGUUCCAGGUACGUGGCUUAGCGAAACAACUUGGGUAUGUUUACUUGAAGUAAGUGGAUGAAUUCAGUCUGCAAAACAAAGCCAUGGGACCCUUCUGCUGGGACGUCUUACUCCGAGUUCAUUUAUCCAAGUUCUUCACUAAAUCACGUUCUCGGGAAAACCCUCAAAUGGUUCUAGCCCCCCCUUCCGGGCCUGGUCUGGCUUAGAUUCCUGGGCCACUUUCACUCCGCAGUCAGGUCUAAGGAGGAGGGGAUCCCAAAACAACCCCCUUCUAAGUGUGUGUGUCAAAAGUAUACCUGUGAUCAUAUCGUAAUCAAAAAUGUAUCUGUUAAUCCUACUCUGCAUUCGUACUCAUGCAUUUGUAACUGUAAGUGCAUUGCAUGCGCCAUCUGAGGAGUGUAGUGAGUGAGGCCAAAUGUGUAUGUGUUAUGGCUUUCAGUUAACAGUAAUAAGACAGACACAAACAUACACAAUCUAAAAAUGACCAUAUUUUGUUAUACAUUCAAAAGUAUACGGCAUGUAUGGGGAAAAAAUGUCAACUAUGUAGAAAGACAUUUCAGAUGUUUUGCACCAGAUAUAGAUUAUUCUACAUAAAUUAAAAUACAAUAGCAUUGUAAAAUGUAUGAAUGUACACUUGAAGAUAUGGAGGUGGUGAUAAUUUAGAUAUAUUUUCAGUAUGUACAUCUGACAUAUUUAUGUUUUAUGGCGGGGUGGGGGUAAGCGAUCUGAAAUCAACCUGUAUUUAACACAUCUGUACAUUUUUUCAGUGUUACUUCUGGUUUGGCUGCAGAACCAGGGAACUCUGGCUCUGUUUUUAGUGUCGGGGACGCGACUCAUCAGAUCGACAAACCAAGAACGACAGACUGGUGUGAACAAAGCGAAAACAAACGACACUCACACAGUAUACUGUAUUACCAUACUUGGGUGGGGGUACAUCAGCUGAUUUUAGUGAGUAAGUAAGCAACGACCAGUAGGGAUCCUAUUCAAUCUUGAGUUCACAGAGUGUAUUUAACUGUUUAGAUCUGUGCUUUUUGCCCCUUUGCUCCACCUCUCCCCUGGCUGUUGUUAAGUACCCUGCUCCAUCAGCGGCUCUUUCUGUCAGACCUGCUCAGUUAUGUACUGUGGAUUAAAACAGUUGAACAGCAA